ACUGAUGAUAAUGUAAUUUAAAGAAGGGAGAAAGGUAGAGAGAGAGAGAGAGAGAGAGAGAGAGAGAAUGAGUGGUGGAGAAGAAGAAGAGGAGACAACACUUGAGUUCACUCCAACCUGGGUAGUGGCUGGCGUUUGCACUGUGAUAGUUGCCAUUUCCCUCGUCGCUGAGCGUUUGCUUCACUAUGGUGGAAAGUUUCUGAAACGCAAGGAUCAAAAGCCACUCUACGAGGCUCUCCAGAAGAUCAAAGAAGAGUUGAUGCUUCUGGGUUUUAUUUCACUUCUUCUGACGGUUUCACAAAACAGCCUCACCAAAAUAUGCGUUCCUCCCAGUGUAUUGCGCCACAUGCUUCCUUGUACCCUGAAAGAGAAAGAGAAAGCGAAUCAAGUAUCACAUUAUUCUGCUUUCUCCUUUCCUGGACUUGCUAGGCGCAUUCUCGCCAAUGAAGAAGAUGAACAUCCUAAAACCCCUUUCUGUGCUCGCAAGAAUAAGGUUCCUUUAUUAUCUCUGGAAGCUUUGCAUCACCUCCACAUCUUUAUUUUUGUACUCGCCGUCGUCCACGUCACCUUUUCAGUUCUCACUGUUGUUUUUGGAAGCGCAAGAAUACGUCAGUGGAAGCACUGGGAAGAUUCUAUUGCAAAGCAGAACUAUGAUACUCACCAAGUUCUCAAACCAAAAUUGACUCAUGUUGGACAGCAUGAAUUUAUCAAGGGUCGCUUUUCGGGUUUCGGCAAAGACUCUACUUUAAUCGGUUGGUUGCAAUCCUUUUUCAAGCAGUUUUAUGGUUCUGUGACAAAGUCAGAUUAUGUGACAUUAAGACUUGGUUUCAUUAUGACCCACUGUAAAACAAACCAAAAGUUUAAUUUUCACAAGUACAUGAUUCGUGCCCUUGAAGAUGAUUUUAGGCAAGUUGUUGGUAUAAGUUGGUAUCUUUGGCUCUUUGUGGUCAUCUUCUUGUUGCUAAAUAUCAAUGGUUGGCAUACAUAUUUCUGGAUUGCUUUUGUUCCUCUUAUUCUUUUACUUGCUGUGGGAACUAAGCUGGGGCAUGUAAUAACCCAAUUAGCUCAUGAAGUGGCUGAAAAGCAUGCAGCCAUAGAAGGUGACUUGGUUGUACAACCAUCGGAUGAACACUUUUGGUUUCAUCGGCCCCGCGUUGUUCUCUUCUUGAUUCACUUUAUCCUUUUUCAAAAUGCUUUUGAGAUAGCAUUUUUUUUCUGGAUAUGGGUUACAUAUGGAUUUGACUCCUGUAUAAUGGGGCACAUUCGGUACAUUGUUCCAAGGCUCGUAAUUGGGGUAUUUAUUCAGGUACUGUGUAGCUACAGCACCCUACCACUGUAUGCACUUGUUACACAGAUGGGAACUCACUUUAAGAGGGUAAUAUUUAAUGAGCAUGUGCAAGACGGCCUUGUUGGUUGGGCACAAAAGGUAAAAAAGAAGAAAGUGGUAAAAGCUGAUGGCCAAGGAAGUUCUCAUGAGGGUUCUAGUACAGGAGUUCAGCUUGGAUCAGUUUUCCAGAAGAGGGCAUCGGCACAUGAGACCAAUAAUGGCCAAGGAAGUUCUCAUGAGGGUUCUAGUACAGGAAUUCAGUUUGGGUCAGCUUUCCAGAAAAGGGCAUCUGCAUCAGAAGACAAUACUCCUCCUAUCACCAAAACUGAUGGAUCCAACUGAGUCUGGUUGUCCAGGUUAUGGUAAUAAGAUGAAGCCAAUAGGUGGGAGCUGUGCUCUGUAGGCUUGUCUUUUUUGUGAAGUUGUAUAACAUAUUGCAGUUUCUCUUUAUCUUAUUUUCCAUGCCAGCGUGGUGGUGAGGCAUUACUGUAGGCAUGGGAUGAAAGAUGUAUAUAUAGGCUCAAGAUUCUAAGAUCUGCUAGCACACCUACUUAAUAGUUACUGCAACAUGUCUUCUGGUUUUUGCUGUGUGCUUCGCCUAAUACUUUCCCAGUCACCGUGACUCUACUCAGAAUUGGAAAAGCGUUUUCAAUUUUUUGUCUGAUAAAGUACAAGACAAAUUGGAGGGAUGGGAUUGGGAAGCUUCCUUCCUGUUUGUUUGCACUUUUGCUUCA